UACUGUUGUUAGCUGUCUGACAAGUGGGAAUCGCCAGUGGUCAUGGAGAGAUUCAAAUAAAAUAGAACAAAAAAAUGAAGAUAAUAAUAUAACAACGAAUGGCAAACGAAAAGAUAAUGAUCCGCCCGAAGACACAAUAAAUAGAAAAACUAAAAAAGCAAAGUCCCAAAGAUUUGUUACCGACGAAACAGCAGAUCUUAACACAAGAAAGCCCGAAACAAAUCAAGAUUUUGAGCGAGCUCUGCUUGGCUCACCGAACUCGUCGGUCCUUUGGUUACAAUACUUGGCUCAUCAAAUUGGCAUGGGAGAAAUACAGAAAGCACGUGAAAUUGGUGCGCGUGCCUUGGAAACCAUUAAUCAGGUGGAGGAAACGGAACGAAUGAAUGUUCAUAAGGCUCUGAUUAGUUUGGAAGUGCAGUUUGGUAGUGAGGAGGAUGUUGCAAGAGUAUUUACGAGUGCGUUGCAAGUCUGUAAUGCGAAACCAUUAUAUUUCGCAUUGGCAGAUGAUUAUGAAGUACAUGGAAAAAUUAAGGCAGCCGAGGAAACAUAUCGAAAUAUGAUGAAAAAGUUUCCUGAAGAUUUAGAAGUGUGCUCAAAAUUUGGGUUAUUUUUAUUCCAGCAGGGUAAAAACGAAAUUGCUAGGGAGUUACAUAAAACAUGCUUAAAAAGGUUUGAAAAGCGUGAUCAAAUUCAAAUAACCACAAAAUUUGCCACAAUGGAAUUCAAACAUGGCGAAGCGGAACGAGGACGCACAAUUUUUGAACGUUUGGUGCAAGACAAUCGUAAACGUUCCGAUAUUUGGUCGGUUUGGAUUGAUAUGGAAAUAAAGAUUCUGAGUGAAGAUACAAAUAAAAAUAAUAACACUAAUAUAGAGAAAGUUCGUGCAUUAUUUGAACGCGUGACUGCAAUAACUUUUUCAUCAAAAGUGAUGAAAUUUCUCUUGAAUAAAUGGAUGAAAUUCGAGGAGGAAUUUGGUACAUUAGAGUACAUUGAAAAAGUAAAAUUAAAAGCAAUAAAUUAUGUCGAUUCAAAACGAAUCGAGAGGGUUUGA